AUGUCGAACUUGGCCGACUGGAAUGAAGCGGCAGGCGGGGGCAGUUCGCCGGGGGCCCCUGCAGACUGGAGCAGCAUUGGACAACAGUUGAUGUCAUGCGACACGGCGGUGCCAGAGGCGGAAGGUGACGGGCCAGAGGGGGGAUGUCGAGGUGUGUACUUCGACCAUAUAAGACAUUUGUGGCGAGCAAAUUGGCCGGAAGAGACAAUUGUUAUGGACCGAGAUACCAAGCGUCCUCUCGAGAUCCGGCGCUGCACACGCACCAAGGGCUUCAGUGCCAAGAAGUUCGGCUUCCAGGAAAGCAAACGCAUGGCCGUAGCCCACAGGAAAACCAUGAUCACUUCCGGCGUGAUCCGCAAGUACAUAUACCAACCCGCUUCAGCGGUGCAAAACGCCGCCACAACGGGCGCCAAAAUCAAACAGUCCAAAUCCAAGAAACGGAAGGGCCCUAGCAGGACCGCAACCACCUCCGCCAACGGCCUGGAUCCCAACUGCUUGGGGACCAACGCCGUCUCGGGGGCCAAUGGUUUAGGGACCAACGGCAAUGGUUUAGGGACCAGUGGCCUGGGUGGCGGUCUAGGCCCUGGCGGUCUAGGAGGCCCUAAUGGUGGUCUAGGAGGACCCAAUGGCGGUCUAGGAGGACCCAAUGGUGAUCUAGGCCCCAAUGGCUGUCUAGGCAGCAACGGCGGUCUAGGCAGCAACGGCGGUCUAGGCAGCAACGGCGGUCUAGGCAGCAACGGUCUAGGCCCCAAUGGUGGCCUAGGCAGCAAUGGUCUAAGCAGCAAUGGUCUAGGCCCUAGCGGCGCCAGCAUGGAGGCUGUGGGCCUCGGCCCUAGUGGUCUCGGCCCUGGUGGUCUGGGACCCGGUCUCGGCGGCGCCACGACCGGGUUGGGUGAAAAUGACCGGCCUGCGUUGAUGAGCAGCCGAAUACACACGUCACUGAUUCAUUCGUCGUUGGGCCAGGCGUCGCUGGGCCACACGACUCCGGCGGCGAUGUGUGCCUCGAACGGGCACCGACCGGCCGGCGACGGGCUGAUGAGCAACCAGUCACCGAACACGGUGUCUACGGAGGCGCCGCCAAGCCCGGGCCUCGACUUAAUGCUCUGCCUGGGCGGCUCGGGCGAGGUAGAUCCCACAGGCAGAUAUAAUGAUUCCGGAGGCGGUGGAGGCGGCGCCUUAGGGACACAGGACGGGUCCACCGUCGCCUAUGACUUCACUUUUUUAUAA